AUUAGUGGGAUGACACUGUCAGGGUAAGCACCAUCCUCAGCCGGAGUAUUAGUGCUGUGCCAGCGACGGAGAUCAGCGUUGUGCCCUCAUCGCACCAGAGUCCAGAAGCCUGCCCUUCACGUGGGCCUUCACGAGGUCCUUUUGUCACUUGGUCGCUGCUGGGGGCAUGGCCCACCCUCCUGCCGGCCUGUUGCUGCUGCUGUUUCUGCCACUGCUGUCCGCUUGGCAUGUCCACGCACAAUCCCUGAAGUGCCAUCUGAUAUGCCAGUGUGUUAACCACACAGCCCCCUGCUGCGACCCUGGAAAGGCCAUCAGUAACAAGGUAACCUACCUGGACCUGGACCAGUGUGGCCAGUCUAGUGUGAACGUGACAUCCCUCCACAACUUCACCCUGCUGGAGGUGUUGGUUAUCCAGAGGAGCAGCCUGGGAUACUUGGAGGCACAGGUCUUUGGCACAUUCCCUGUCCUGAAAACCCUCACGCUAGCCGAUGUGGGCCUGGGCAAUGCGACGAUGCACCAGAGCGCCUUCAAGGGUCUGCAAGUCAGGCAGCUGGGCCUGAUGAAGAAUCAGCUUUGGAGAAUCAGCCGCUGGACAUUCAGCCAGAUGAGCCUCCUGGAGCUCCUCGACUUGGCCGACAACAGCAUCACCUUCAUUGAGGAGGGGGCCUUCACCAGCUUGCCAAGCCUACGUGUCCUCAACCUGGAUGGCAACAGGCUCAUCACUGUCACCCCCUUGUGGUUCAGCCCGACUUUUGUCAACUCUUCGGGCCCCCGUGUGAACCUCAGCAACAACGAGCUGACCUGCGACUGCCAGCCAAAGGGGAUAAGCCAGCCUGAAUAUGGAUGGUUCCGGAAAUCCCUCACCAACAUCUCCUGUGCCCAGAAUUCCAGUCUGGAGGAGUGCAGCCCGGCGGAGGUGGACCAAGUCUACCAGGACAUUGUUGUCAAUGAGAAGGUGCCCUUAAAACUGCCCUGCGUUGUCAGGGGGUUUCCGGCCCCAAAGAUUAGCUGGAUUCUGCCCAAUGGCGCCCUUGUAGGGAGCCCUGAGUUCCUGCCCAUCUCCAGUAAAAAUGGCACCUUGAUCAUAGAACUCGUCCAGCUGAGGUUUGCGGGUCUUUACGCCUGCUUGGCCUCCAAUGUGGCAGGGACGUCUGUGGCCCUCUACAGUCUGAAAGUACUACCUGGGCCCACCACCAGCCCCACCACCACCACCACCAGGCCGUCCUCUGUCACCAGCACUUCAAAAGUCAGCAGCACCACAGCAAAACCAUCAGUGCCCCCCUCGUUUGGCAUAAUUAUGGGGAUGUCCUUGGUGUUUGCCUCCUUGAUUUUUGGUUUGCUUUUAUAUGGCCUCUUGAGAAGAGGCUGCAAAUUCCUAAAACAGCGCUUCAGCCACGAGGUGCCCUUCAACAUGUUUGUCAACACGCCCAACAUCCUGACUCUCCCCGAGAAUCCACACCCCAUCCCACAAAUGGAUGAUGACGGCUUUGCACCAGCUGAACAGCGGCCAGGCGAGGGCGGCGUCACUCCAAUCCCACAGACCUACCAGCAUUACCAAAGCGAACUGCCACCACCGCCUGAGCCCGUGAUGAUGGGGCCCGCAAGCAGGACUCGGAUAUGAUGGCCUGGACCUUCCUGCUCCGUAUGGCUGAUUGAACAGAACAGUUCAGGACUGAGGACCACCUCACUGCAUGAUGGGGUUUGCAUGUUCUGCCCACCUUGCAGGUUUCCUUCUGAAUCACAUUUUUCCCCAGGGAAUCGGAGCUCGGCUUUCUCUUUACCCUUCAUGGUCCCCGUCCAAAGAGAGAGGCCACUUAGAGGGGAACACCGUCAUCAACCCAUAGACUCACAAAUGUUGUCAAAAUCAGAAAUAGUUUGUGUAAAAUCACUGAAAGAAUCUUUAAAAAAAGAGUUUAUGGUGGCAGAGGUAGGAUGCAGCGUGGAGUUUGCUCAUUCCACUAUCAUCCAUGUGGUUUUCUUCUCAGUUAGGCCCUAAUAAGUCUUGGGGAUGGGAGUUCAUUGCUCUACUCCCUCCAAUUCA